GCAACAAAAUAAUAACAAGUGGUGGUGAUUGUUACACAAGUGGUUACGAAAGUGGUCAUCAGAUAUUGUUACAUCGUCAAACACGCCCUAAAAACAGGUUGGAAGGAAGUCGGUGGGAAGUUCGUUCUUAUUGUGGUCAGGAAAUCAACUACGAAGAUAGAGAGAAACAGCAAAAUCGGCUAAGUGACGUCCGAUCGUCGCCCAUAACGAUCGGUGGUGGUAGUGCUGCGCCAGUCCCGGAGGAACCGGGUCGCUAUCGGCUCUGCCGUCGUCGUUCAUCUUAUGUCUGCUGUAUCAGUUUAUUAUUAAAUUAUACAGCUGAAAAGUCUAUUCAAUCAAGCCAGCUGAGUCAUAGCAACCAGACAAAAAGAAGAGGUCAAACCGAUAAUACUGAUACAAACAACAACAACAACAACUAUAAUAACAGAAAUAACUAUAACAAUAACGAAACAAAUUGUUGCCAUUGCUAUAAGUGCAGCAGUUGGAGAAACGAGCGCAGCUUAUUCUGCAAGAUAAAAAAGCACCACGACGAGGAGGGAAACGACAGCGAUCAGAACACCCUAAACGAACUCCGGAAUAGGUGGGGCCGCAGUAGCUGCGAGACUCUUUGGUGGUCCCAGAAGCGGGGUAGAAUUUGUCGGUGUGGGCCGCCCCAGCUGCUUCGUCGGGCUCCACCACCGGCCGCGUCAGAACAUUCGUCAGCCAUGCUCGAUGUUAUACGUUCGGUCAAGUCUCUCUUGAAGGUAUCGCGAGUACACAUCGACAACGAUGUGUUCCGACUGCACUACACCGCGACCUGUGUGAUCCUGCUUGCUUUCUGUAUAGUAGUCACCACGAAGCAGUAUGUAGGAGAUCCCAUCGACUGCGUCCGGUCUGCGGAGGUCCCUCAGAGCGUCAUCAAUACCUAUUGUUGGAUCCACGCGACCUACUCGGUCAAGUCGCUCAUGCAUUCGGGUCACCAUAAGGAAGUUGUCUAUCCCGGUGUGGGCUCAAGAUCGUUAUCAGCGGACUCUUCGCCCAGCGACCACAAGUACCACAAGUACUAUCAGUGGGUGUGCUUCAUGCUGUUUUUCCAGGCGACACUUUUCUAUAUUCCUCGUUGGCUAUGGAAGUUAUGGGAAGGAGGCAAGAUACAGACGUUAAUGAUGGACCUGGAUGUAGGAAUGUGCGGUGAAACGGAAAGAAAGCAUAAAAAGAAGCUUUUGGUCGACUAUCUCGUCAACUCAUUACGCCAGCACGAUUGGUACGUAGCGAAAUACUUCACGUGCGAGUUUAUGGCGUUCGCCAACGUUGUCGGCCAGAUUUUCCUCAUGGACAAAUUCUUCGAUGGAGAGUUCCUCACGUACGGACUGGAAGUAAUCCGCUUUAUGGACCAGGGUGACGAGGAACGCAUCGAUCCCAUGGUUCGAAUCUUCCCGCGCGUCGCCAAGUGCCAGUUCUAUAAGUUCGGUCACUCCGGUACUAUAGAGACCCACGACGCCAUUUGUAUAUUACCCCUCAACAUAGUAAAUGAAAAGAUCUAUAUUUUUCUUUGGUUUUGGUUUAUAAUCCUGUCGAUACUCACGGGGUUCGUAGUUUUGCAACGAGUCAUAUUGACCGCGUGUCCGCCGGUACGCGUCUACUUGCUGAACAUGCGGUUCCGGCUCGUACACUACGACCACUUUCACACCGUGGUUCGACGGGGCUCUCUUGGUGACUGGUUCCUGAUAUACAUGCUCGGCCAAAACCUCGAUUCAAUGAUUUUCCGCGAAGUCAUCGCCGAUAUGGCCAAGAGGAUGACGGCUGAGCCUAAAGAUUCAUCAUCGGCUGCAUGACGACACGAGUUCCGACCGCUCCAGCACUGUCGGGAGGCUCCGCCACCGCCGGGGAUGGUCGGCCUGGGUACUGCAAGAACCAGCUUCGCAGUACCUUCCCAUCAGGAAGUCUGAAGUACGGCUAAGCUAUCCGAGUCGCUAAACCGUCGCUUACUGAUGCUCAAGCGGACCCUUCUUCGAUCCACGCGAAACCGCCCGCCCCGCGAGCGAGGCCCCGUUCCCAACGGAAGGCCCAUUCACAAUGAGGUCAUCCGAAUACGAUCACUCUCGCUCGUUCAGGUGCCUUACUAGUCGCGAUUCCAUUUUAACUAGCAGAUUCUGUUCAGCCCCUCAGAAACAACCGUCCACCCGCACACGUGGAGGACCAUUAGCUGUUAGUGGGCACACGCACAGCGUAAGUCUUGAUUUGGUUUGCUUCGACGAGAGAGAAAAAAUAUCAGGACGGCGAUAACGACAACGAUUAGGUAGUUUUUUUUGUCUGUUAUUAUUGCUGAUAGUUACGAAACGGGAGAAGCGCGUGGAGUAACACAGGGAAGAUGGAUGGCGCCGUUAGGCGUUAUCCUGAAGCCGGAAGUAAAAAAAGUGCUCGUUGAUUUUUGCCAUAUAAAGCAGCAAGGAGGAAAAGUAAAUGGCUAUCUAAGAGAAUGUACGGAGGAUAAAAGUGUAAGAAUCACCAACUCGACCUUUGUCGUGAUGCUCUCAAAACAACGGGAACGUACGCAUCGCUUUACGUUAGUUGGCGUGUAUGAGAGCAAUAGAACAUGCAACAAAACUAUUGUACAUACAAAUAUAAAGGCAUAGAACGAUUUUCCAGUUUCUAUACCGCCAACAGGUUUACGGUUCGAAAGCAGCGUGUCAUAUCGCCGUCUUCAUCGUAUUGUUAAAGCAUUGUUGAUCAUUGUAUUGAAUCAAUAUAAAAAAAAAAAAAUUUGCGACGAGCGAAGUAAACGUGCUUAGUAAUCAAAGGCAAAUAUUUAAGCAAAAAGAUCGGCUUCAAAUUGUUCUCAACUAUUCUUCCAUUUGCCGCUAGUUGUUUUUCUCCUGUAAUUGCAAUUAGCGUUUUUCCAUUAUGACUAUUAAACGUAUUACGAUUGUGCCCUGCGUGUCAAGUCGCAUCUAUAUUUAUACACUGCAAACGUACGUCGUGUCAUGUAUAUGUGCCGACAAGAAGCAGCUUUAGCUGAUAAUAAUAAGGCAAUAUUGCAACAACUACUACUACUUCCUAUAUGAAGGACAACAAAAUGAAGUACGGAAUCAAGAUAACUGCGUGUGUCUGCAAGUGCUUUGUGUUGUACUGCCCCUUCCCUUAGUCUCGUCAGCCGAGCGAAUCUUAAUAUCAGGAACGUGCGUCAAGAACUUACUCUGCCGCACCGCGUGACCGAACAAACCAGAACACUGCGAAAGGACGACCCGCUGUCUGGCUGUCGCACACUGCCACAAUUGUCGGCCUGCGUUAAAAAAAUCUUCAGAGGAAAAAAGGAAGUUAAUGAAAUCGAAAAACGAGCGAGGAUGCAUUAACCAAUAUAAAAUUCUCUAAAAAUCGAAAGAAAGGCCUGGCCAUGAUGCGUGAAUGCUCUAAAGAACAGCCAGGCGGGGAAGACGAAGAUAAGAGUGUCAAUGUUUAGAGCGAUAAGGAUAAUUUAAAAAAGACGGGAAACAAAACAAGGACAAGGACAGUUCGAGAGAAGGAACACUCUUCAAGGAGUUGCCAGCAAUCUAUUAUUAUAUCAGCUGACAGUGAACAAGGACCGAGCUUCAACUAUUACAAGAAAAAUUCAAGACUCUCCUAAAGCUCGGGAUAUCGGUCUUCGAUAGCCUCUUCAAUACUAGCGCUCAGGAUGGUGAGAGAGAAGGGAGAGAAACCGGGAGAUUGGAGGCUGCGAAAAAAGAAAAAGCUGAAAUGAUCGGAUCAAGUGGUGGAUCAAAUUAGCGACUGAUUGUAAAACCAAAUAUGGAACAUGCAAAAAUCAAAUCAGAAGGAGAGGAUUCAGAUGCGACGCUGUGAACGCAGGCGCCACAAUAUAGGCUUACACAUAAGUGGCAUCUCGUAAUUUACCUCCCGGUUUUUCUGACGAACGGUAAUUUCUGAGAGUUGCCUUAGCCAUAUCAGACAGCUGGCAGUUUCCGUGAAGUCUUCUUCUACAGAUAAAUACUACGUCCGACUGAGCGAAGUAGUGGAACUGCAUCGGUUGGGCUGACCUGUGCCUAUGCAAUUUCUCGUCUCGUAUCUGUGACUAUGCCUGUAGCUGAUCUUACUACGCCGACCAUCUACUUAUGAUUGAUUCGUUCACCCAUCGUCCAUCUGUAUCACUGUGUAUCUUAUACAGAACAGCAUUUUUUUCCAAUUGCAUCACGUGUGGACGCGUGUCUUGCCAUUGUCACAAUGACGUUUUAGUGAUUUACGAACGCUGCGGAGACACGUUUCUCGUGUUACCUGUAACAACUUUAGAUGUAUAACGGAAACGAAAGUAAUCGAAGCGAUUAGGCGUCUUAUGUGCGUAAUACUUGGAAUGUACAUCAUGUAAAAACAAUAACACAUUGCCAGAAAACACUAUGAGCAGUGUUGAUUUUUCUGCAACGACUCGAAUUGAUACGAAAAAUAGACUAAAGCAGAAACAUAGGUCCGUCUGCUGAUCAAGACCAAUAAAAGAUAGUGUGGCAUAUGGCAGUGUAGAUUCGUUUCUGUUCCCAAGUCGUCCUCAUGCACGCGCACGUACACACACACACACACAUACACCGACCCAUCCACCUUCUGAUAUCGAAGAAGUGAGAAACAAGGGUCAAUCAAUUGAAUUGAUUACCACAGUUUCGUGCAUACAGCAGCUACUGCUAUCGAACAGGAUAGCGUAUCUCGUGAGUCAGUCGAUAUGGAGAAGGGCUGCUACUGUCUUGACCUGAAGAGCUGUUAGCACCGCGUACCACAACAUUCUUAUUCUGACGGAGCGUGUAACGGAGCAACAAUAAUACGUGUUACGUAUCGAACCGUUAGCGCGUAGCGACAUCCAACAAAGAAACAGACCACAAGAUGAACAACAGAUCGAAACGAACGUAUGCUAGACACAACGAGAAACAACAAAUUGUACGUACUGCAUUCAGCACCAACUAGUACUACUUCAACGGAUGAAGAAAAGAAAAAAUUAGAUGAAUUCAUCUUCACGAACAAGCUUUGAAGACACAGUCUCCGCCCAACGUUGCAAGCUGCCUGUUCUUUGGGUGGAAACUGUCUCACAGAGAAACAAUGAAUAGAUUUGUAUAUCUGUCGAUAUUCGGACAACGGUUAGCGUUCAUCGGAGUGACGUGACAGGGAAAAAGAGAGCACCAAAAUACAGGCGAAACUGGAAGAUAUUUGAGCCAAAUCUCUUUGGAAAUUACUUUCUUAGCGUGCUCGUCAUUUACGUGUAUGGUAUUAUGAUAGACAGAACUACCUCAGGACAGUAUAUAAUAACAAACGCAUAUUAUUAUACAGAAGAUAGAUGCUAUACAUAUUUAAGCGCGUUACUUUCUAGCAGCUCCAUGAGCCUAAAUGCUUCGUCGCCGUUAGCUCUGCACAGAAAGCUUCCAUUACUACUGCUACUUAAUAUUUACAAUAACCGAAAGAUACUGGUGUUCUAUGAUGAACUGAUCGGCAUUAGAAGUAUUAUUCAAAUUCGCAAUACCUAUCUAGAGACGGUGAUCAAUCGAGGCAGAUAGAAGAUGCGCGACUGCACAGAGGCUAAAAUCAAACAAUGGAAAACGUAUAGAAUAGAAGCAACAACAACAACAACAACAUCGGCAAAAAAAAUAACAAGGAAACGAUGGAAGUCAUUAAUUAGAAGAGCUACGAUGACAACGAUUUAUUAUUACGAUGAUCAAAAAUAACAAUCGGGAAAGAGAUUAGACCGUGACGGAGAAAACGUCAGCCACAAAUGACCAAGAGUUGUUAGACAUUUCUUCGCAGAAGCUCCUACUCUAGAGUGACGACUUAUGCGCGUAUUCAUAAUAGAUAACGAUUAAGAUCAGUAAGUGAAGCGCCAUUCAUAAUUACUAGUGAAAUCGGUGUGUGACGGCACAUCGAAGUACGGCAUCGUCGACGUAGACGAUGCCCUCAGCUCGAACUUUAUAUCUAUUCUAUAUUUAGUCUAUACUUGAUGCAUAAUAGACUAAUACUUCACUCGUCCAUAAGUGGGUUUAUGGUACAUAAAUUCCCUGCUGUUAUCAUCGUCGCGGAGCUCAAGCUUGAACAAUGCUAAAUAACAUUAACAUGAUUUAGCAUUAUUUUCCCAUCGACGCUGCCGUUGACAGAUAUGCGGGCGGACCUGGUAUAACUUUCAGCGAAAGUAACUUUACUCCGCGAAACCUGCCAGUGGCAAUUUUAUGCCAAUGUCCUGCUUCCGAAUCCAAAGGCGCCUCAGUUAUUAAAAGCGGUCGUUAUCGUCACCAACAGCAGACGCCCUUGCUGGCAAGCACGACCUGUAAACAGCAUUAACAAUGACGACGGCAGAGAAAAAUUCCGCAAACAACAACUGACAGACUCUCGCAUCGCGCGAACUUACCUGGAAGAAGAAGGGGAAGGGGGAGAGAGGGAAGUAAAGGUCGAGAAGUACCAUAUCACAGCAAAACUGUGCUUAUAAUAACAACAAAACCUUGAAUGCCAAUGACAAAACUUAGGACGAAAUCAACCAUCAAUCCGACUAAUACUGUUAAUAUACGGCAGCAAGCAACAUGUAAAAUUUUCCUAAUAUCUACUUUUCGUAAAGCGCCAAGUACAAGAAGUAUUUUGCUUCACCUUUCAUCCUCCGUUGUAGCUAUCUAGCGACUUAUUGCUACGACUGCCUCUCGUUAUGAGCUUCAACGUAGUACUACUACAAACACUGAGGGGAAGGAGAAUGAUGAUAUAUGAAGAAACGUGUGUACAUGAAGAGGCCAAACAAAAUAGAUGAUGAAGAGGUACCCUUGUAUCGUUAGAAACACAAUGUCAUGGUCAUUCCCUCUGAUUCACUUUCGGAAUGACAGUUGAUUUCGGAUGUUUAUAUAUAUACACAUACAUAUAUGUAUAUGCGUUAUAAAGAUACGGCGAUAUAAUAUAAGUAAUAUUGUCGGCGCUAAGCGCAAAAAAGACGAGGGAAAAGCAAGCAAUCCGAAACGCAAAACCCAACUAGAAAUAACAGUAAUUCAUAUAUAAGAUGGAGGAGAGAUCGGAACACUGAGAUAAAUGAAUAAAAGCAAUUCAACUACAAUGGGGAAUGACAUGUUAACGGCAGACAGCCCAACUACGAAUCCGUCUAAAGAUUGCUGUCACCUCUGUAGGUGUCCAUUGGUUUUGUUGCGCGCCCAUCGACCGAACGACCUUCACCGUGUUAUGCUUCGUGAGUACAUCUGGUUCGUCGCCGCCCGAAACGGUAAUAUUAAACUGGCGAAGUAAACAGUC